UGUGAAAAACAAAAAAGUUUCCAACUCAUACUCCUACAAGACUUCAAACGGAUUCUAGGCCCAUUUCGAAAAUCCCUCAUAUAUAUUCUUCACACUCCGAAAGCAGUAAACCCUAGAACCCGUUUCUUCCUCUGCAUCCACCGCGAAGGGUUUAUAUCAGGUAGAGUUUCUUUUCCAUCUGCAACAAAUGGCCCCAAAAGGUGAUGUUUCUAAGAAGACCGAUCCAAAGGCACAGGCCUUGAAAGCUGCCAAGGCAGUCAAGUCAGGCACUGCUAUUAAGAAGGCAAAGAAGAUUAGAACAACUGUAACUUUCCAUCGCCCAAAGACACAAACAAAGGAUAGGAACCCCAAAUAUCCUCGCAUCAGUGCCACACCAAGAAACAAGCUUGACCACUAUCAGAUUUUGAAGUUCCCACUCACCACUGAGUCCGCAAUGAAGAAAAUUGAGGAUAACAACACUUUGGUUUUCAUUGUUGACUUGCGUGCUGAUAAGAAAAAGAUUAAGGAUGCAGUGAAGAAAAUGUAUGACAUCCAGGCAAAGAAGGUUAACACCUUGAUCAGGCCCGAUGGUACCAAGAAGGCCUAUGUUAGGUUGACACCUGAUUACGAUGCAUUGGAUGUAGCAAACAAGAUUGGGAUCAUCUAAGUCGGUGCCUGAAUUUACUUGGGUUCUAUUUAGAUGUUAGCCAGUUCUAUGGUAGUCAUUGAAGGCAACUUUUGGACAAGGGUUAAAUUCUAUAUUUUGUGUUCUCUUGUUUUCUAUAUUUUGUUUCAAUUGACGACACUUAUCAGACCUUGUGUUUCAAUUUUGACUCAAGUAUUACUUAAAUUGACGAUUGAAUUGAGUACUCCCUAUUUUUCCAA